CCUUCAGGCUUUGUUGAAGCUGGGAAGCCAUUUUGGGAUUCUGCAGGGUGGAAUAGAGGAGUCUGAACCUGCUGUCAACUCUCAAACUUCUUCUCUUGGGCAAAUUCUGCUUUAGAAAAAGGGUGCCACACUGAAGCAUCCCCCGUGCCUUCUACAAGGGUGGAAACCAUGUUGGAUUUGGAAAAGUUUCAGGUUUGAACAGUGGAUCCCUGCUGCAGCUUUUACUGCUGGCUGGGCAGAACUGAUCUCUCCUCCAGCAAGUUCUUUUUAGCCCUGUCAAAGCAAGGAUUUAAUUUGCUUGCUCAGGUUAGCCAGGCUUGCAUGAUUUGAAAUAGCAACCAUGGAUUUUUCACGGCUUCACAUGUAUAACCCUCCCCAGUGCCUGCCAGAGAACACUGGCUAUACUUAUGCCCUCAGUUCAAGUUACUCGUUGACCGCCCUAGAGUUUGAGACCGCGCACAAGUUGGACCCCGUCUUUGACUCGCCAAGAAUGUCAAGGCGCAGCUUACGUUUGUCUUCAGCGGGAUAUGGGGUUGGUAAAGACGAGAGUCUCUCCGGAAGCGGCAGCGCCUAUGCUGGGAAAAAGAUGUUUGCAGACCACUCACCCCAGAUGAUCAGACAGCAUAAAACUACAAUGAAACAGUCCAGUUCGGUAAGAACCACUUCAAGGAGAAAAAUGCCGGGCUCUGCUGCUUUUAGCCACAGUAGUUUUAGCAGCCGCACAAGUGAUGGGUCUUAUGUCUCAACCUUACUGGACGAAUCUUCAAUAAAGGAACAGACGGCUGUUGACCAUUUCUGGGGUCUCGACGACGACGGGGACCUCAAAGGUGGGGAUAUGACUUCCAUCCAGGCCAAUGGUGACAUUGCAACAAUGGAGAACCAGACUGAACUCAGCAAUGGAUACACCUGCAACGAUUGCAGCAUGCUUUCCGAACGGAAGGAAGCCCUUACAGCCUACUCAUCCUCCUCCAUGCCAACCUCAAGAGUUUACUCUAGGGAUCGAAGCCAAAAAUACAAAUCCUGGGGUCUCCUUUACUACCGCAGUAAGGUCCUGCGAGCGGCCAAGCACGCCUCAACAUCUUUCACAACUCUCAUAGUACAUCUGUUUCAAAUGAUCUUGCUGAAACUUGGCUAUGACCGUACAGCUCACUCUAAUUACUGUGGAAGCAUGAAUGUAAAAGAAUUUCUCAGGGAUGAAAGCCACUUGGGUAUGAAUGGAGAGUCCAUGUGUGAUGACUGUAAGGGGAAGAAACACCUUGAAACACACACAACAGCCCACUUGCAAUCCUCGCGGUCCAAAAGGAUAGCAAGAAGCAUGUGGCACAUCUGUUCUUACCCAGGUUAUGUCUUACUCCAUAUGUUGCAAAGAAUGAGAACAGCAGGAUGGCUUGUGACCCGGAAGAUUUUGACUCUCCUUUGGCUGGCUGUUGUGACCCCAGGGAAAGCGGCCACAGGGGCGUACUGGUGGCUCGGCACUGGAUGGUAUCAGCUCGCCACCCUAAUUUCUCUGCUGAAUGUUUUUCUCCUUACAAGAUGUCUUCCAAAGAUGUUCAGGUUGCUGCUGUUCUUUCUGCCCCUCCUUUUACUGCUUGGUUUCUGGUGCUGGGGUUCCGAAAAUUUCCUUUCAUUGUUACCAGCUUUGAACUGGACAAGCUUUCUCAGAAUGCCCAGGUGGGAAGACUCUGUAAAGAGAGUUGCACCUGAACCUCAUUCAGACCCCGCUGGUCAGUUUCCAGAGGUGACUAUGAAGUUCUUUGAUGCAGAUCGUGUAAGUGAGCUGGAGAAACAAAUGGCCCAGUUAUCUGAGAGGUGGCGUCACCAGGAUGAAGAAUACAAUAAAAUGCUGCUUCUGGUCCAAAGCUUUCAGGAACAAGUCACCCAAAUGAACGACCGAAGUGAAAUGUUGGUGCUCGUCAAAAACAUUGUGAGCCAGCAUCUUACGAAGGCCAAAUCGGAUGGAACGGCACACUCCGAGCAUUUUUUGACUUUGCAUCAAGAGCAUGAAUGGCGCCUUGCAACCUUAGAAAAUCUUCUGGCAAAACUCUCGGAAAAAUCAGAGGGCCUCCAGAAAGAAUUUGAAUUAACCAAAGCAAAAACAAUGAGUGACAUGGAUGAGCACAGCCAGAGCCUUCUGUCCAAGAUGAAGCACCUAGAACUUGAACUGGCACGUCUAAAGACAGAGCUGCUGAGUUUACAGGAUGUGAAAAGCUGCUGCAACACGAUAGACGCCCUUCACCAAAAGGUUGAUGCCCAGAUUAAAGAAUCGAUCAGGGUUAUGUUUUUGGGCGAUCUGAAAGGAGAUUUUCCAGAAUCCUUGCUUCAGUGGCUAACGUCCAGAUUUGUGACCAAAACAGACCUACAGGUUUUGUUGAGAGAUCUGGAGAUGCAAAUUCUCAGGAAUAUCACUCUCCAGAGUUCGAUCGCAAAUUCCAAGGUGACCACUGAGAUAGUGACAAAUGCCGUCAACGAAGCUGGGAUUGUAGGCAUCACAGAAGCGCAAGCACAGGUCAUUGUCAACAACGCCCUGAGGCUCUACUCCCAAGACAAAACGGGCAUCGUGGAUUUUGCUUUGGAAUCUGGAGGUGGCAGCAUUUUGAGCACCCGCUGUUCCGAGACCUACGAAACCAAAACGGCGCUGCUGAGUCUCUUUGGAAUUCCCUUGUGGUAUUUCUCCCAAUCACCCCGCGUAGUGAUCCAGCCUGACAUGUAUCCUGGAAACUGCUGGGCUUUCAAAGGAUCACAGGGUUACCUGGUGAUCAGGCUUUCGAUGAUGAUCUAUCCAACAUCUUUCUGCCUGGAACACAUCCCCAAAUCGCUUUCACCCACAGGCAAUAUUACCAGCGCCCCGAAGGAUUUCUUAGUAUACGGUCUUGAAAAUGAAUAUCAAGAAGAGGGAAUACUUCUGGGCCAGUAUACGUACGAUCAGGAUGGAGAACCAUUACAGAUGUUUCCGGUCUCGGAGACAACUGAAAAAGCAUUCCAAAUAGUGGAACUGAGAAUAUUUUCCAACUGGGGUCAUGCAGAAUAUACGUGCCUCUAUCGCUUCAGAGUGCACGGGCGAACUGCUGAAUGAACACUACGCUUAUUUUCCGACUCUGGUUAUACAUCAUUUCUGUUUUUAAGUUUAUAAAGGGAAUUUUUGAACACUGGAAUCUUUCAAAAGAUGAAGAUGUGUGAUGUCCGAUAGGUUGUGUUACUCUUUCCUGGCUAAACAUAGAAGAUUGCCAACAAAAUUGUAUCCCAAACCUAAUGGUUAUUUGCUCAAGAUGCUCAGCUUGUAACUGCCAGACAGCUUUAUGUUUUUAAUGUGUUCUUUCUGAAGGGGG